AUGGCCGAUUCUGCAAAGGCCGACAUCAGCCACGUCGAGCAUCUUGAGGAUGGCGGAGCCACGCCCAACAAGGGGAAGGUUAUGGGCACCGUUAAGCUGACGGAAGGCGAGAUCGUUUAUAUCCCCACGCCAACAGCUGAUCCUAGAGACCCCCUGAACAUGGGAAUAUGGCAGAAGUGGAUUGUGCUUGUGGUGAUCUCCAUCUUUUCCACACUCGGCCUCGCCCUGGUCAGUGGGUUUGGAGGACUUCUGGGCUUCUAUAUCCCGGAGUACACCGCUGCGGGCAAGGCCUAUGAUGAUAUCACCCAUUUAAUGACCUAUCCGACUUUGUUCAUGGGAAUUGGAAACCUAAUCGGGAUGCCACUCGCCAUUGGUGUCGGCAGACGAAUCGUCCUCCUAUGUUCAACCAUCGUCCUUGUCGUCGGCGCAAUCCUUUGCGCUCUCGAGAAAACCUACGAGUGGCAUCUCUGGUCACGAUGCGUCGUGGGCUUAGCUGCUGGACAGAGCGAAGCACUAGUUCCGAUGAUAACCCAGGAGAUAUUCUUCCUGCACGAGCGCAGCAAGGCCCUCAUGGGCCAACAGGCUAUCCAGGUCAGCCUAACAGCAGUUUGGGUUCUAUUCGCCAGCGAAAUCGCCAAUGCCAUCACGCCGCAAUGGUGGUACGGCCUUGGUGCUAUCCUUGCCGGUGCACAGCUUGUGCUCGCGUUCUUCUUCCUCCCCGAGACCAAAUAUGAACGCUCGCUUGCCUCCUUCCAGGAGGGCGAAUCUGGCAACGAUACGGAUGUAUCUGAGACUACCAAAAACGGAGAGCCCGGGGUGUGCACUGAGCGUCCACCGCUGGACUUUGAACGGUACGCCCCGCGGACCUGGAAGUCUGAUAUGCGUCUCUGGGUUGGGAAGCCGGAUUGGAUCAAGGUUUGGGAGGUUUUGCGGCAAACAUUCGAGCUCCUCCUCUUCCCCAACGUCUUCUGGGCACUAUGUCUAAACGGCCUCACAAUCGGCACAAACAUCGCUAUCGGAACAACAUACGCAACAAUCCUCCAAGCCGUUCCAUACAACUGGCCGAACAAAACCACCAGCUACGUUAACUGCGGGCAGAUCAUCGUCGCACUCGCAGCCCUCCCCCUCCUCGGCCACGGAUCCGACUACCUGGUGAAGUACUUCGCAAAGCGCAACAACGGGCUGCACGAGCCGGAAACACGAAUCCUACCUCUGAUCUUCCCUAUCAUUGUCGGCACCUUCACGGCCGUGCUCUACGGCCAGGGCGGCCAGUAUCCGGAGAAGUACCACUGGUUUGUCUACGUUUGGGGGGUCGCCGCGUACUACUUUUGCUUUGUGGGUGCCAAUAUCGUCGCGAUCACGUACCUGCUUGAUAGUUAUCCGGCGCGUGCUGGACCGCUGCUGGUUAUUAUCUGCGCGUUUCGGGGGAUUAUAUCAUUUGGGACGAGCUAUGGGACUGCGUCGUUUGUGGAGACUCAUGGGUAUGACGGGGCCUUUGGCACGUUCGCCGGAUUGACUGCUGCUUUGGGCGUUUGUGGCAUUCCGGUUUAUAUCUGGGGGAAGAGGAUUCGGGGGUUUACUGGCAGGUUUGCGAAAGAUGCUGUUGUUUCUUGA